CAGUAUUGAUCUUCCCGGUCGACGUAGCUGUGUUGUCAGUGUAUUCUACUUGUAGUUACUGUGAACUGUAUCCAAUAGAGUUGUAGUUUAUAACAUAGUGCAGUGGUCAGGACAUGAAAUUGUUCGUCAAGUUCAAGUGAACUUCUCGAGUCGGUUUGAUUUUCCCAGAUAUGGCUAGCAAGGUACGAGACGAAGCAAGUAAUCAGGCCCCGGCAGACAGCAGGAUCCCCGUGUUCUGCAGCAACCCCAAACCGCUAUCCCGUUUCUCUCGACCUCUGGCCAACCUCAGCAACAAGGUACGCGCACAUCUUUCCUCCGAUUCCUCCUCGAAGCACCGUCAGCUCUUCGGAAUUCUCGGAGGUGGCCCCAGUAAGUCUUCCAAGUCCAAAGCGUUCUUGCAGACGUCCAGCCAGUCCUGUCCGUCCGAGCGACCCGUCAGGCCCACCAGGUUCUUCGAAUCCUUCGACCGACCUAAAGAAUCCUUCAGCCUCACCGAAGUCAACAGUCUCGAGCCGAAGAUAUCGAAGGCGCACUUGGGCAGGAGAGUAUGCGUCGCAGGGCACAAGGUAGGAGUUCUUCGCUAUGUGGGAAAGAUCGAGCUCGACCCUGGCUACUGGUGUGGGGUUGAAUUCGAUGAUCCGAUAGGGCUGAACGACGGUUCGGCGAGGGGUGUGAGGUACUUCGUGUGUCCCCCGCUGCACGGCGUGUUGGUUCCCGCCAGCAAGGUGGCGCUGGUGCAGGAAGAAGUGGGAGAAUUCGUGAGUGAGGUGUCGGACUCCGGUCCACACAGUCUGCUGGCGGUGUCCAAGAACAAGCGGCACUCCAUGGGCGAGGACUGGAUCAAGGAAGAGGCGCCUCCUCCUCCCACCGUCAAGAGAGUCGGCAGCGUCAAGUCCGUGAGUCAGGCGUCCACUCCGACCCCGAGCAGCACUAACAGCAACGGCGUCCUCAUCUGGGACUGGACCAUCGGCUCGCAACACUCUUCCUCCGCCGGCUCCCUGGUCCCCUCGGCCCGCGCCCUCUCUAGUUCUGUGCCCGACCACAGUCACGUCUCCCUGCAACUGAGCAAACACAGCAGCUUCGAGUUCGACGACAGCCUCGGCAUCCUCACCCCGGACCAGAUGAACGAUUUCACUAUGAACUGCAGUGAGACGAAUAUCCCGAGAACUCCUUCCACCGAGGACGUACCCUUCCUCAUACAAGAUCUCGAUUAUGACAAAGAAAACGACAAUCAGCGUAGGGGAUCAAAACGUUCUUCGUUGGAAAUGCAAUUUGAAGAAGCCUCUGUCGCGAAAAACGCACAAAGCCAACUAUUCAACAAUCUUACCCUAUCGAAAAGAGAAGGAAGUCUCGAGGAAAAGAAAUAUCCUAACGAAAUUGUCAUGAAGGAGCCAGAAGAUGUAAAAGAAAGGAGAGUUGCUAAGGACGAACUGAUGGAACAAGAGAUCGCUAAGGACAUAUCUGAAGACACGGAAAUGAGUGACAGCAAUCCUUCUAAAAAGACUUCGGCCAUGUCCGUCUCUUAUGAGCCGGGGUCAGAAACCGUAAGCAACAGUGAAAAUAUGGAAUUCAUCAGAAUUAAUCGGACUCCAUCACUGGAAGAUCUGCCUAUGGACAAAGUGGACGGGAAGAUAGAAGCGUUGGCAGGUCCGUCGAAACACGUUCUCCCGCCUCCAACAAGCUUUGUGACGUCAGUUACAAGUAUCGCUAGUCUGGACAACGGGUACCAGGGAGACGGUGAAUGGAGCAGACCGGCCAGUCGAGGUGCUGACCAUUCCCCUCUAGCUAACAAGGUGAAGACUAUGGACCCCAUGACGGACUCUGACUUCUUCACGGAGAGCGACGCGGACAUGCACGACGAUACGAGUGGACAGAUGGGUUCGGGGACGGGACGAGGGGAUAGGAAGGCGCAAGUCAUCGAUGGAACCCUUUACGGUGGAGUAUCCGGUAGCGCACAGAAUCCUACGGGAGGUUCCGUCUACAUGUCCAAUCAAGGAAACCAAAGAUGUCCUGCUUUCACGCCCAACACUGAAGAAAUGGAUUCGAGUGGCAUUUAUUCUGACUUGGAAAGAAAACCAGAAGAGCCGAAUUCGGACGGUGGUCAAAUACUCACAGAAAACAAUGUUGACGAAACGAACGAAAACGAAAAAGACUUCUCCCCCGAGGGAUCGACGAGGACCGGAUCCUCUAUAAGAUCUGACAUGAGUCAAACCCUGAUUUCUCCGGCAGCAUUCGCUAACUUACUGAUGGAACAAGUCAACACUAUCAGAAACCUUGCGGUCUCGGUUCCUAUGGAAAGUAAUGAGAACAUAGAUGACGCCAUGGAGGACGAUGUUUUUGUCAAUCCUACUACCGAUAUCACAGACGUUCUAUCCGAGAAAACGGUAGUGGAAGUAAAAGAUCCUUCUGCUAAGAAGCGUGAAGACCACGUAAUAAAAAAAUACAAAAUGCCGAAACGAAAUGUCGUCUCCAAAAUAAAGACCAUGAUCACGUCAAACUCGACCAACAAGAAGGAGGUAGAAGACGAGAAUCAGGAGAACAGAAGACCGGGACGGACUCAACGGAAGAACGGACGCUGGGACGCCGUUAUGAACAAAAUCGCUCAGGGAAAAGAAGAAGAGAAGACGAAGCCGAGCCGGUUGAAGGAAGUGAAGAGCAAAGUGUUCGCUGGGAUUACAGUGGCUCCAGCUGCGGCCACCCAGGCUCCUGUCCAGGCAAGAAGUUCAGUUCUCCAGCAAGCCUCCAGGAAGUUGAGCACAAGAAGUCUCACCAACGCGCAGUCCGCGUCCACCCGUUCCCUCAGGGAUGUGACGUCGCUCAAAUCCAAGAGCCGACGGUCACGGACUCGAGGGUCGGAGUGUUCGCUGCCUGCCGGCAAGUCACCCACCUCCCAGGCCAGUUCCCGCAACAGCUCGCUCAGUGACGUCAGUCUCAGCAAGACCUCGCCCCAGUCGCUCAGAGGCAGCAAGAAGCGAGAUGGCAUCCGCUCCACCUCUCCUCAGAGCGACGGUUCCGCCCCCGGGCGUCCUCACACUCAGACUCUGCCCCCCAGGCUACUUCCACCUCGUACCGCUGUUCGAACACUUCAAAGGAUCGCUGAGGGUUGUUCGAAACCGGCGUUGUUCGAGGCGGAACCGCUGAAGCGCGGAGUCACUUCUGUGUACUCGCUGAGCAGCCAUAUCGAAAAGAACGGCGGUGUUGUCGCCGAGCUGAAGAGCUCUCCGAUAAGGAAGAGCACCCAGAGACGUCCCAUCACUGCGCCGUCCACCAAACCUGCUCCACUCAGGGAUGUGAACCGAGUGGAUCAUGUGGCCAGUGGUGUGGUGCCGGGGGUGGCAGCAGGUGUGGCGACAGGUGCUAAACCGCUCGGAGAGGUUGUGACCAGAGCGCCUCCUGCACCGACGGUACGCCUAGAUGUUGCCUCAAAAGAACUGAAACAUGCGGCACACGGUGUUGAGGCGCUAGGUGUUCUACUCAACUAUCUCGUCUAUAAUCUGGAUGCCUUCUCCACGCCACAGUUGAAGAAAGAUCUUGAAAAGAUGAGAUCCGAUUGGCUGAAUACCAAGCUGCAGAUGGAGGAGGUGAAGGUGAGCUACCUGCGCUCAGAAGAGGAGAAGAAAUCCUACCAGCGCCAACUAGAGGAAACCCAGGCAGAGCUGCGAGCACAGGGGGACAGUCACACACAGAGAGUCCAGAUACUUACCAAGGGUCACGAGGACACUGUAAAAGAACUGGAAUGGAGACUGACAAACAAGGUGGAGGAGGUGAGGCGAGAACACCAGCAGGAGUUGUGUCGUCUGCGGCAAGAACACUCGAAGGAGGUGGAGCGAGUGCAGGCAGUGGCGAAUCAGCGAUUGAGUGAGCGUGAGCGGGAGUUGAGUGAGAGGUUGACAGCCACGCAGUCAGACUACGAUACCAUCAAGGAACAGAGCCGCAGACUGCUUGAUUCUAUGCAUUCUGAUAAGGAUGCAAAGCUGCAGGCAACUGCUGGCCGUUGCAAGAUGCUGCAGGAUGAGGUGGCAUCAUUACGAGCUGUGCUGGAGUUGCGCAGUUCCGAGCUGCAAGAACUACGGAAAACCAGUGAGCUCGCUCAGAGAGAUGCCCUCCAGCUGCCACCUGCUCUCCAGCGCAUUACAGUUCUGCAGGCUCGCGUCGAGGACUUGGAGCUGCAGUUGGAGAGGAAGACUGCUGUUGAACAGGCCCUGGCUGCAGAGAAGGAAAUGAUGGAGCAGAAGGUGCAGCAGGAGGACAGCAAGAAUAAGCGACUGUCACAGUAUAAUGAGGAGCUCGUGUGGAAACUGAAGCACAGCUCGGAAGUGGUCAGUGCGCUGGCCGCGCUCAACCAGGAGAUUACCACUGCUAAGAACAUCCAGCUGUUGUCAUCCCCACACUCCAACCUGACUACUCCAAAACACUGCCAUGGAGAAUCUCAUCAGAGGAAUGGACUGACAGGAGUGCCGAAGGAGGGGUCACCACCACAGUCGCCGAAAGUGAAGGGAGUGGUGGAGAAGAGCGACUCUGUGUCCUGGGUGCUGGACCUCGAUGAAGCCCCGCAGAAUGUGGCGACUCGUCUGGUACGCAGGGCCCACAGCAUGCGAGCAGUACAGUCGGCCACACCGUCGCCGGCGCAUCAGACACGCACACUACCUAACCCACACAAGCGCCAGCGUAGUCGUACCACCACCUGCGUUCCGGGAAACAAGCCUCAGCGCACUCGCUCCUUCUCCUUCGACUCUGACUCAUCGGAGGUGCCUGUGCCACGGAAACUGGCCGCAGAGUGGGAUCGAGAGUCCUCCGUCAGCCCACCGUCCCAGACAGGCAGCCAGAUAGACGACACAGAGGAUCUCAUCGUGGUCGAGACGAUCGGUGAGGACCGUCUCAGUUUUUUAGACCUGGACCGUCACAUCGAUAGAGAGAAAAUUGAGGUUAUGGGUGGAGAAGACUUUGCUUCACCGAAGCUGUCCUCUUCCAGUGGCGGAUCUGAGAUUUCCGUUCGGAGCAGACGAAAUGAACCCAAAGGUAUAGAUAAUGAGGAGAUCCUCAUGAUCAACAGAGUGGACGGACUGAUCUCUUCCCUACCCAAGGAAUCUGCAGGGGAAGCGAUGAUCUCAGAAGAGACCUCCGACAAUGAUUCUGGUACUCGAGACUCCGAUGAGGAAGUGGAGAGGUACUGUUCAGAUGAUGAUAGUUUGUCAGGAAGUGCGUCAGAAUUGGUGGAAAGGAGGAGAAAGUACUUGAUCGAGCACAAAAUCAAAAUUGACCUGAAACAUCAAAAUCUCACCUCAAAGAAAGUUACUGAGCUGAUGCCCGGAUCGGACUCUGGAAGUCUGUCAGCCGCAACGACUGCCAUGGAUCUCAGCUGGUCAGAAGACAUUGAUCUUCUACCCUCGGAGUCCGAAGGGUAGCUGAGGUUGUGCCAAAAUUCGCUGUUGUAUUCAAAGUCUAAAGGCUUCUGACGGCCUGAUCGGUGUUGCUUACAUUCUACAGAUUGCUUACUACAUUUUAUCAACGAGUUUUAAAUUGGGAGCAAUUCAAAGGAUUGACGAAAAGCUUUAUGCUCUGUUGCAGAUGUGCUGGGAUCAAAAUGAUUUUUACAUUUGUUGCAGUGUAUCUUUGCUGCGCUAAACGCCAUGUUUUAAAUGUAAGUACAUUUUAGAACAGCUGAAACCAAAUUGUAGAAAAUGAUAAGUCGAGUAGGUUUUAUUUGCGAGGCUGUGUUUGUUGAUGGUGACGGGACUUGUCGAAUUUUGUUAUAGGAAUAAUCGUGAAUUUGUACAGAUGGAAGAGAAAUUGUGAGUAUUUAUGUAUGAAGUGUAGCCUAAUAAAAUGUAUUGAAUUAAAACUUGUCUAAUGAAUUUGUACAAAGUGUUUAAACUUAGCACAUUAUUGGGUAAGGGGAAAAUUUUAAAUCGUUUUGUUUUAUUAAAUACUGUUUUACUACAUUUAAUUUCUAGGGUUAUAUCUGCAAAUGUACUGAUAAACAUGUUUAUUACAUCUAAUCUUUUGAAGUGUAAAAUAGAAUAAAUUCAGUAUUAUCCUAGGCACAUAAGUUGCUAGUCAUAGACUGUGUAAUUAUUUAUUGUAGUUUUUCAUUUUGUUGUGGUUGUGAUUACAAUGCUGUUUUGUAUAGUGUUCACUUUUAUUGUAUCAUAUUGUUAAUUUCAUUUUAUGUAGAAUAAUUUUCACAUAAAAUUAGUACAUAUUUAAUUUUAAUACAAAUGUAGGAUAUUUUAAAACUGCUUAGGUACUACAUCUGCCAUUCUUGUAAAUGUAAUUAAGUUGUGUACAAGUCUUUUCAUUGUUUUAAGGUAAGAGCGAUAUUUUUGUUAGUUUCCGAGUACAAAAUCAUUAGACACAAAACAUACGUCACAAGAUAGUAUGAGACUUUGUUUUUUUAAAAGAUUCAAAUGAAUUUUCAUUUUAAUAUCUGCUGUCUACAUGUACUAGUAUAAUAAAGUUACACCACAUUUA